GAAUGAGCGUCAUCCGCUGCUCUGCCAUUGCGAUGACGAUUCCAAACUUGACGUCGGUGUUUUGCAUGACCAGCGAGAGGGAGUGUUGGGUGCCGGAGGUGUUCUUACCUGCAGGAUACGACAACGCAGGAACCGGUCCUUCUCUCCACACCUGCUACACCACGGCAAAACCACUCUUUGAUAAAGCCGCGGCUCUGGCUGCUUGUAACAACAACCCGGUUGGUUGCUGUCCAUGGCCCUUCGUAAGAAUCACCAACGUGGGAUGCGUCUUCACGAGCUCCUGGUUCUUCCCCAUUCUACCGUACCCCAUCGCACAGGCCUUCUGCAAGAGCUUGUGGCCUACAGGCGACCUGUACUCCAAACCCUCCGGCGUCAUAAAUUUCAACGCUCUGAACAACUACCUCGACUCGACGGUUCCUCUGCCAAUUGACGUGUGGGUUGGGGCCACAUCCAGCCCUGGGCUGCUCGACUACCGGUGGGUGGACGGCUCAACUGUGAGUUCCUCAAACUACGCCUCCUUCCCAGAUAUUCCUGCACAGCCUGACAAGAGAAUUCCUUUAUCACCCUUUGCGACCCCGGGCGUCGACUGCCUGCUGGUCAUGCGCAUCAGUCUUACUCAUAAGCUCGGAGAUGACUGGUGCUACAAACCUGCAUAUUACUUGUGUGAAAUUAAAUAAAAUUUCGGCCCUGCGAUGUCAAGCUAGGAACAACUCGCACAUCUACAAAUACUAUGUGAUUACUUUCGUGAGCAGAAACUUUUUUCAAGCUGGGUGAGCAACUCACGAACGUAGAAAUAGUACCUGGUUUCCGUAGCGAGCAGAAACUUUUGAACCUUUGGCUACUCACCAAGCGGAUUAGUAAAAAACGUUGUAUUAAUAAACAUCAUAUUAUAUAGGUUUCUAUUAGAGGCAGAAAUUCAUCGAGUGACAUUUUUAAAACACUGUGCGC